GAUGCUGCUGCUGCUGCUGCUGGGCUUCCGCUAGCGACAGUAUGGAUCGCUAAGACCAGGCGGCCUGCCCAUCGAGGCCCCCCCUCCUCCAAUUCCCGCCCCUGCUGGCUGGGAAUGGAGACUCUCGAACCUCCGGCUGUCAUUGAUUGGGGGUGAUCCGUGCAAUUCCAGCGCGCACCGCUCCACUCCUCGCCUCUGGCUCUUGUCUGCCUCGACCGAGUUCUUAAAUUAAUACCCGCGGCCGUCCGGCUCGAUUCUUCUGCUUUCCUGCUCCUUUUUUGCUUUGCUCAUCCAUCCGCCUUGAUCACUCGCUUUCUAGGCCCUUGUUUCGAUCCAGUCCGACGCUUCUUCUCGUCUCUCGUUCACAUACAUUCUCUUCGUCCUUUCCAAACCAAGUCAAGAUGAAGUACUCCGUCGCUGCUGUCUCGGCCCUCGUUGCCGUUGCUCUCGCCAAGCCCGAGUUCCUCAACUCCAAGUUCGAGGUCCAGGAGGGCCAGCCCUUCACCCUCGAGUACUCUGGCUGCUCUGACGGCUGCACCAUCACUCUGCAGACCGGCAAGAGCACCGACCUCAAGGACGUCAAGGUUCUGACCACCUCUGCCACCGGCAGCUCCACCACCGUCACCCUGGAGGACCUCCCCUCUGGCACCUACAACUUCAAGAUCACCGACAAGGAGGGCCAGAGCAACUUCAGCCAGCAGUUCCCCUUCCAGGGCACCGGUGUCGCCUCGUCCAGCGCUGCCACCUCCGCCACCAGCGCUGCCGAGUCCAACACGGCUGCUCCCACCACCACCGAGGCUGCCACCAGCACCACCGAGGCCGCUUCCACCACCUCGGAGGAGUCCACCACCGUGGUCAAGACCAAGACUGCUCACUCCACCACCACCGAGGCCUCGAGCACCUUCACCACCACCACCACCGUCGCCCACUCCACCCACAAGCACAACACCACCACCGUUGCUCCCACAGGCUCGGCUUCCACCACCACUGGACACCACACCACCGCUGCCUCCACCUCCUCAAACCCCGCCGUCACCACCGUUCCUCCCGGAAGCGCCGCCGGCCACCUCUCUUCUCCCCUGGCCCUCGUUGCCGGCGUGGCCAUUGCCAUUGCCUUCUUCUCUUAA